AUGUGGUAUGCAUUGGAUUACGUGAACGCAUGGCUACUUGUCAAUGUCGAGAUGAUGAGGACAGAAAUGAGUGCACCAUACGGGCAUGCUAAACAAUCAAAAGAAGCUACAAAUCCACUAUCCACAUCCCAGAACUGGUCCCAUAACGACGAGGGUUCAAACCAUGCGAAGGCAGCUGCAUGUCGCAACAAUCGUAAUUACGGUGCUUGCCGUGCCGACACAUUCCGCCGUAGCGACGCGUUGUGA